AUGUUGCUGGCUUUGGAUGAAUCAGAGGUGCAAGGAAAAGGAGAAGGUUGUCACCAAGGCAUAGAUGGCCGGGCCAGGAGCGGCUGUCCGUCAAAAAUACAGGAUCUCGAAGAGGAUCAAAUUAACUUUUAUCAAGGGAAGCCGCGCAUGUUAAAUCGACUGCUUUGCAGUGUAAAGGAGAUACAGGGGAAGAGGACGAAAAAUAAAGGCGCAGAAAAAGCGUGGACGAGUCGAGACGGAGAGCUAAGGCUCAAGUGGAGAAAGGAGACGAUUAAACCACGACACGCCCCUGUGCGGAGAACCUCCUCGCGAAAUGGCGGCAGCGGAGGCGGGUUUCGGACCCGCACCUCCAUCCCGCACGGUUGCGGCGGAGGCCAACACGGGGGCCGUCGGCGGGAAGUGAGGUUUUCUGAGGAAGUACUCGAGCACUCGACUGCGGGGACCACGCCGAGGCCACACGCCUUUGCUGCGAGAGAGGAAAAGGAGGCAGAGGCGGCGGCGGCGGCGGCAGAAGAGGAAGUAGAACCGAAUGAGGAAUCGUUUUACAGCCUGGGCCCAGCCCAGCUGGUAAGGCCGGCCAAAAGGAAAAGCAGGGCCGAGCAGCAGCAUCCCGAAGUAGAGUUGGAUGCUGGAUCCUCCAAAGAAGAAUGUUCCUCUAUUGAAGCCAGAAACAGAGCACUCAACAAAAAUUAUAAUGGCGAAAUGCAAAUACAGACAGGAAAUGCAGACAUUUCUGGAAUUUCAGACACCAGUAAUCUUAAUCGACCACCUAUUAAGCAUUCAAGAGAAGAUUCAGCAGUGAACUGGAAUGAUUUAAGGCUCAGAAAACAAGGGGAUCAUAGAACUACAAAGUUUGAGAAGCCCAGCGCUACGCAGAAGAAGUAUCUACAGACUGCUUUAAAAAGUUCUACACCUUCUGAGAGAAGAUACUUACAUAUAACAAUUGCAAUACUUGUAGCAACUUGCAUUGCUGCUUGUGGAUGGUAUGCAUUUCAGUAUUCAUCAGUUCACACUUUGGAAAUUGAUUAUAAAGUUCUACAAGCAUUUCAAAACCAAAUGAAAGAGCUCAGGAACACCUACCCAAGUCAAGAUGCAAUACUGUGGAAGAGAAUCCAGACUACUUUUGAGAAACGUCUAAAUUCUUCUCAGCUUCAUUUGGAACCAGCUAUUUUAUUGCUCACUGCUUCAAAAGAAGCUGAAGAUGUGUUGAAGUGUUUAAGCAACCAGAUUGCUGACGCUUUCGCAUCUUCUCAAGGCGCUCUUACAAUUAAAAUUGAUGGGGCUGGCACAAGAGCUCAAGAUAGUGAUGUUGUCAAACUUACCGUUGAUGAAAAGCUGAGCUCUGGUUUUGAGAAUGGUAACAAAGCAGCAGUAGUCCAUCGGUUUGAGUCACUACCUGCAGGUUCCACCCUGAUUUUUUAUAAGUACUGUGACCAUGAAAAUGCAGCAUUUAAAGAUGUGGCUCUACUAUUAACUGUUCUUCUGGAUGAGGAGUCCCUGCAAAAGAGCUUUUCCUUGUUGGAAGUUGAGAAGAGAGUGAAAGAUUUCCUCUGGGCUAAAUUUACUAACUCAGAUACACCAAGGUCCUAUAAACGCAUGGAUACAGACAAGUUGAGUGGGUUAUGGAGUCGCAUAUCCCACCUAGUCUUACCUGUAUGGCCAGAAAAUUUUCUCCCUCAGGAGAAAUGCUUGCAGAUGAAAUAACUUAAGAGAGCAAGAAGGAAAUAUGAUACAGCACAAAAUGCAUUGUAUAAGUGUUAGUGUUUGUAUAGUGAGAAGAUUGCAAUUUACUAAUCAGAAUUACUGAAGUAAAUAUGUGAUUCAAUAUCAAAAUAAGAUUUCUCCUUUAUAAGGAAGCUGGAAAUCUCUGUAAAGAACUUGUAGACCUUUAACCCAAUUCUAGUGAAUUGUUGGAAAUCAGGACUCUGUACUGGAAGAAAAAAAUCUUGAUUGCUCAGCCCAACCAGCUUUGUAUGAUAUGAAUUUAUAAAGCAUCAAAGUCCUUUUGGAAAAUACUGUGAUUGUGAGCAACAAGGUAAUGAAGUAUAGUACAUGACUCUGUCUUCCUUUCUGUGCUUGAGGUUUACUGGACUGCAAAGUUGAAGUUGAGACCAAGAUUUCCUAUAGCCUAAGAAUAAUUCUGUUUUAUUCCAUUUCCAAAAACUCUGCAUUCAAGAAGUGUUGUGAAUUCUGUAAGUUUCUGCUUUGGGUACAAGAUGAUGUAAGAUGUGAGCUUGUCUCCAGUCAAUCAAUGGCAGACUGUUAAGGACCAUUGCUCACAUUUGAAAAUGGUCAAUAGAUACAUAAAAUGUACCUGUCCAGAGAAUUAUAAUAAUUUUAAUCCAAAAAUACAAGCCUCUUCAGCUUGUCUGUUCAAUUAGACUAUUACCAAAUAGACAACCAAAGGCUUCUUCAGAUUUAUGAGAAAUUUUCUGAGGGCAUUUUUGUACUUCUGGAUUGUCUAGCAGGAAUGAUGUCAGCCACUGAACUAGAUAUAUCCCUGACUUUUCAACUUAAAUGAUAAAAGGGACAGCAAUUGUAAAUCCUUAUCUUAAAAUGUUCUAUUCUAUAAGAUGUUUGAAGAUUUAAAUUUGAAAAAUUUUGGAUAAGCAAAAAUUGGCAUUAUUUUGGAAAAACUCAUAUAUUGCAGAAAUAAGGCCCAAAUCUAAUCUGAAAAUGUAUCAAAUAUGUACUGUACAGAUUUAAAACUCAUUCCUAACAACCCUACAGAUCAUACAGCAGGCAGAAUACUUUCAGAUCUUUCAUUAAUAUGUAUGAUAUGUAAGCCUCAGGAUUUUGAUACUACACAAUUCUUAUAUCAUUAAGCAGCAUGGAUUUCACUGUGUUUGAGAAUCUUAUAAAACCUGUAAUUCAAAAAUACUUCGCUUUUUGAAGAUCUGUCCUUUAGCCCUAAAUGUAUCUUCAGUGUAAUGAGAAGUUCAGCUGCAUUCAAAGCUUUAAAAUAGUUCUUAGUUGUGUUCCGGGGGAAAAAAUCAUUGAUUUUUUGGGGAUGUGACCCACCUAUACAUUCCUUAGCAAUAAAAAUUAUUUGAUUAUAUUAAAUUGGCCAUUCAUAACUUGAAGAAAGGAUUCCUGGGCCAUAGAUUGGAAAACUGAAGAUUAUCGCAUACAGAAGCAUGGUAGAAGCAAAAUAUGAUAUUUUUUUUUUAAUGUAGGUGAAAACAUUUUGUGAUUAACAUUCUUAGGCUAUUCUGGAUUUUACAGGGUGAAUUUAGUAAUUAUUGUGUAACAAUUGAACAUUUCUGAUGAAUAAACAACUGGGGAAAAAAGGAAAACAGUUUUAAUCAUUAAAUAUUCUUUAGUUUUA